AUGGUGUCUCGGGACAAGUCUUACCUGGGUCCUAAGUACGUGGGCCUCUGGGACUUCAAGGCAAGAACAGAUGAGGAGCUGAGCUUUCAGGCAGGAGACCUCCUCCAUGUUACCAGGAAGGAGGAACAGUGGUGGUGGGCCACUCUGCUAGAUGCGGAAGGCAAGGCCUUGGCUGAGGGCUAUGUGCCCCACAACUACCUGGCUGAGAAGGAGACUGUGGAGUCAGAACCGUGGUUCUUUGGUUGCAUCUCCCGCUCAGAGGCCAUGCACAGGCUGCAGGCUGAGGACAACUUGAAGGGUGCCUUCCUGAUCAGAGUCAGCCAGAAGCCAGGAGCAGACUAUGUUCUCUCUGUGCGGGAUGCUCAGACCGUGCGACAUUACAGGAUCUGGAGGAACGAUGCAGGCCGGCUGCACCUGAAUGAGGUGGUAUCCUUCUCCAGUCUGUCUGAGCUUGUGGACUACCAUAAGACCCAGAGUCUGUCCCAUGGCCUUCAGCUGUCCAUACCGUGCUGGAAGCACAAAACUGAGCCCUUGCCCCACUGGGAUGACUGGGAGAGGCCAAGGGAGGAGUUCACACUCUGUAAGAAGCUGGGAGCCGGUUACUUUGGGGAGGUCUUUGAAGCACUCUGGAAAGGCCAGGUCCGUGUGGCAGUGAAGGUGAUCUCUAGAGACAAUCUCCUACAUCAGCACACCUUCCAGGCUGAGAUUCAGGCCAUGAAGAAGCUACGGCACAAGCACAUCCUGUCAUUGUACGCUGUGGCAACUGCAGGGGACCCGGUCUAUAUCAUCACAGAGCUCAUGCCCAAGGGGAACCUGCUGCAGAUACUACGGGAUUCUGAUGAGAAAGCCCUACCUAUUUUGGAGCUGGUGGACUUUGCAUCACAGGUUGCUGAGGGCAUGUGCUACCUGGAAUCUCAGAAUUACAUCCACCGUGACCUGGCUGCGAGGAACGUUCUUGUUACAGAGAACAAUCUCUGCAAAGUGGGGGACUUUGGGCUGGCCAGGCUUGUCAAGGAGGACAUCUACCUUUCCCAUGAGCACAAUGUCCCCUACAAAUGGACAGCACCUGAGGCACUUUCCCGAGGACAUUACUCCAUCAAAUCUGACGUCUGGUCUUUCGGGGUUCUGCUUCAUGAAAUUUUCAGCAGGGGGCAGAUGCCCUACCCAGGCAUGUCUAAUCAUGAAACCUUUCUGAGGGUGGAUGCCGGCUACCGCAUGCCCUGCCCUCUGGAGUGCCCACCCAACAUACACAAGUUGAUGCUUGGCUGUUGGAACAGAGACCCCAAACAGAGACCUUGCUUCAAAGACCUGUGUGAGAAACUCACAGGUAUCACCAGGUAUGAGAACCUGGUAUAAGCUCCUUGGAUGUGGCCAGGACCCACAGAAGAAGACUUCAUGAUUAUCCUGGACAUCUAUCAAAGGCAUGGACCAUCCUUCAGUUUACUGAGAUGAAGGGAUAGGAAACAUACUAAACAUACCUCAAAUACUGCGUGUUGUCAAGGAAAGAGUAAAGAGGCAGCCAUAUUCCUUUCCCAUUUAUCCCCCUCCAGGAGGCCGUACAUAAAAUCCAGGAAGUCACUCUCUGGUUUCUUCCUCCCUUCUGUGAAGACUUCAUGUGACAGAGAAGCCAAGUCUAGGCAACGGGCCUUGUGGAGUUCUUGCCAUAUCACUUUCAGAGCUUGACCGUCCACAAACACAUACCCCACCCUUUAGCACCUUAAUUCUGCAGGAUCUUAUGCCACAUAAAACUCAGAACAAGUUUCCAUGAUUUUCUCUUUAUAACCUUGGCUUUGUUAGAGGAAUCUUACCCAGGAAGCUCAAGACAGAGAUAAAAGGAUAUGAAAUUUCUGCCCUGCAGUUUCUGGUGCCCAGUGGGGGGUGUUUGAACUACCCAGUCACCUGGAGUUUGCAGAAGCAGAGGGAAGAUGAUGGAGCCAGUAAGAACCAGGAGAUUUGUUUGCCUUUUCCAAGACAGGGUUUCUUUGUGUAGCUCUGGUGGUCCUGGAACUCAUUCUGUAGACCAAGCUGGCCUUGAACUCACAGAGAUCUACCUGCCUCUGCUUCCCAAGUGCUGGGAUUAAAGGCAUCUGCCACUGCUGCUUGGCAGAGCCAAGAUUCUUAACCAUGUGGGCAGAGGCAGCUCUUCUGCGCAUCUCUGCCUGAAGGCUCUGUACUUGUUUCUAAAGUCAAAUUCAGUGUGGGCUUGUGUAGAGGUCCUGAUUCUUCCCCUUCAGAGAUGCUUUUGCCCUGAGCUCUGAGACAGAAUACCCUCAUGCUAGGUGCCCUUCUCUGCUUCCCAUUUGGACCUGAGUUUUCCCAGAUGGCUCUGGUCCCAGACUGCUUUCCCCCAUGAAUCUUCAGUGCUCUUAGACCCAUGCUUGAUCCAUGAAGUCCAGACAGACUAUUUGCUCUCCAUGCCAUCUCCUUAUGUACUUGGACAUUAGAACCCCAGUUCUGAGGGGGGAGUACCCCAAAAGCACCUACCCAAGGAUACUUUACUGGAAGUGGGCAUAAUUCUCUGAUGACAUUUCUACCAGCCAUGUCCAGAUUGACCUCUCACAACAGAUGAAGAUGCCACAACGUCCUUUACAGAAGUAUCCUCUCUGUAUUCUAGAGAUGAAUAUAGAGUACACUGUCUGUAUUGCUUCCUGUAAAGCAGUUCUCAGUGAUGUAAUGUCACUCGACAGGGAAAGCACAGGAAAAUGGAAAAGGGCAAAUGAAAACCCUUCAAACUAAGUCUUUUGCAUAGACAUUUAUCAAAAAUUUCCCUUCUUUCAGUAACUGAACCUUUCAUUUUCAUCAAGAACAGGAUUUGGGCUGGGCUUGGUGAUGCACAUCUUUAAUUUGAGCACUUGAGAGACAGAAGUAGGCAGAUCUCUGUGAGUUUGAGGCCAGUCUGGUCUACAUAGCAAUUUUUGGGGCAGCCAGAGCUACACAGAGAGACCCUGUUUCAUAAAAACAAAAAUAAAUGAAAAAGAACACAAUUUGUAUAAAAAUCCAAGUGGACAUAAAUUGAAUCAGGCCUAAACAUGCUAAAAUUAAAGCUAUGGGGUCUGUGUGCAUUUGGCUGUUUAUAGAGUCCUUCCCUACUUUCAGAGGGGACAACCCUAGGUGCACACCUUUAAUCCCAGCACUUGGGAGGCAGAUGCAGGUGUGUCUGUGCAUUUGGGGUCUACAGAGUUCUAAGACUUCCAGGGCUACCUAGAGUGACCCUGUCUCAAAAUCAAACAAACCAAUAAACAAACAAAAAACAAAGAAAAAUUCUUACAGUUCUGUCUGGACUAGUAUAAAGGUGAGUGCUCAUUAAAUAUCCCUAAAACCUCUCAGAAAUAUAGAAACAAAGUCAAAUGUUCUUAAAGAUCACAUGCUGUAGAAUAAUCUUUAAGAGUGUUGGUAAAAUAAAAAACAGAAAUGUUUCCAGACCUGUCAACAUGAACACAGUAUAGCUAGACCUGUGGUUCUCAACCUUCCUAACACUGGGACCCUUUAAUGCAGUUCCUCUUGUUGUGGCGACCCCUAACCAUACAAUUAUUUUCAUUGCUAUUUCAUAACUUUAAUUUUGCGACUGUUAUGAAUUGUGAAUAUUUUUGGAGGUAGAAUCCUCUUUUGUCAAAGAGGUUUCGACCCACAGGUUGAGAAGCACUGAGAUAGACUAUUUUUUCUUACCAGGGUUUAAACAAGUUUAAUCCUACUGAGUAUUUAAAAUGCUAAAAGGAGAAAUGAAACCCAAGGGAAGAAUACAGAGGAAGGAAAGAAGGGGGUGGUCUUUGCUUCUGUGGUGUUGGUGACGUUUGCCUGACUUGUUAACAAGAGCAAUUUAGGUGCUGAUACCUUAGAACACGUUUGGAACUGUUAAGUGGACAGGAAUGUAGGUGGAGCAAAAGCUAAAUGAACUUUCCAACAAUAAUUUUACUUUAUAAAAGGCAUUUUACAACCUUAAGUUUGUUCAGGCUUGAGAAAUGUAGUUAGCAAUUCAGCUUUGUGGGGUUAUUCCUAAGGAAACAAACUUAGGCUGAUCUGCUAUGGCCUCCUGUUUUUACACAGAAUGGAAGUAGUUGUGCUUGGAUCUGUAGUAUGCAGAGCUGUGUGAUGAAGGGCAUAUUGCUACAGUGCCCGUAAAAGUUGCCUUCAGUGGCAUGCUGGCUGCCAUAGCUGGUGGGUGCUAGGGACUCUAAGAGUUAAGAAUGACAAUAUAUGUAAUUAGAACCACUAGAAACCACAAGGAAAAUCACCUAUGUGUAAAGAGUACAGGGAAACUCCAUUUGUGGUAAGGUUGUACAUCAUCAUUUAGAGAGAAUGAUCACUGAAUGCUCACAUAGGACUUAUUCCAAAUUAUGAAAAAGAAAAAUAGGGAGAGAAAGCUGAUAGAUUGUUGCUGUUGUUUUGUUUUCUGAGACAGGGUUUCUCUGUGCAGCCCUGGCCAUCGUGGAACUAGCUCUAUAGGCCAGGCCACCUGCCUUUGCCUCCUAGUGCUGGGACUAAAGGUGUACACCCCCACAUCCAGCUUAUGGAUGGAUACUUUUCCAAAGUGUCUUCCAAAGGCCUGGUGGAAUGCAAUCUUAACUCAUUAAAGCUAAGGACUGAAAGGAUUUAUUUAAGGGUUUUUGGGGUUUUGGGGGUUUUUUGUUUUUUAUUUUUUGUUUUUAAAUAGCUCAGAGGCUGGGACUGUAGCUUAGUUGGUAAAGCACUGACCUAACACAUGUGACAUCUUGAGUUUCAUCCCUAACAGUGCAUACACCAGGUGUGGUGUUGCAUACCCGAGUCCCUAGUAUUUGGGAGGUAGAAGGAGGAGAAUCAAAAAUUCAAGGGCAUCUUUACCACAAAAGGUUCAAGACCAACUUGUGUAACAAUAGGCUUCUCCUCCUAACCACUUUGUUCCCAGAAAUGAC